GUAACUGCCCUCCCACCCUCAGAACAGAGGAGACAAACUGAGCUGUGAAGUUGUUUUGCUGAUCUGAAAACAGAUAUUCUUCAAGUCGUGUGUUGAUCUGAGAACCAUGGAGAAACUGACAGGGUUUUUGUUGCUGUUGGCGGCGCUGAACUUCGCUCUAGCCCAGGACGAGGUAACCCCGACAUACUUCAAGGAUGGCGGGGAGCUAACGUUGGACGUGAGGCCUCCUCCUCCUGAACCUCUCUACAACAUCCUGUGGAUUAUUAACGGUAACCUGGUAGCUGAGUGGAUCAAAGAUCAAGUCACAGGUUCAGUUUUAGUCCCUUUGACUUAUUACAGACCCUUUAAUGGCCGCACAACCCUGGAUGUAACCACUGGACGUUUGGUAAUCAACAACAUGACUAAAGCUGACAUGGGGCUGUAUUCAGUGGAAGUCAACAACAAGGUCCAGAAUGAGCGCUAUAACGCUGUAUUGAUGAAAGAAGUCCCCCAGCCUGAGGUGGUGGCACCAGAGACAUGCUCCCCCGCUUUGGACAAUUGUACUCUGACCUGUGACGCAGACACCACAGACGCUGGACCGGUCACCUACAGCUGGAAGAUGGGAGACGGAGAGUGGAAGGAGUCGGGAAAGGAAAUGACCAUCACCUGCCGGAUAAAGAACCCAGUCAGUGAGAAAGAAAGUACACCCUGAAAACAAUCCACUCUGCCAACUUGUUUUGACUAAUGAAGUUAAUAAUAUAGACAAUAUUAUUUAGAUGUUAUGCUGCAUGCAGAUAUAAGAAACCAAUUAAAUGUUGCUUGAGAGAUUUAUUUUGCCUUCAUUAUGUUUUGUGUGUAAUUGUGCUCUAAGUGAUGUCACGCGUUUUUUUAGGCUUUAACACAGCAGGUAAUAUAACAAUGUUAGAUACAUAUAGGCUAUAAGAAAGAAUCAGGUUAUUAAAAGUAAAAAUCAAAAGGUGGUGGAUUUUGAAAUUUGUUAUGAGUCAAGAAAUACAGUUCUGAACUGCUGCAGUUACAGCACAGUUCAGACGAACUUUGCUUCCAUUUAAAUUCUACUUUAUACUCAUUUAUACUUCAAUUUAAUACAUGUAAUAAGCAGAGUUUGUACUUUUUACAUCUUAAUGUUUGGACUGUCUUAUUAUCUGCUUGUCAGUCAACAGUAAAAGACUUUAAAUGGCACCAACCUGUAUGAAAAUAAAGAUUGAUUGAGCAAUUGA